CCUUUUUUCCACAUCAUCAAAACAACCAACAACUGCUCUGAGAUACCCCAAUUCCUCACUUAUAAACUCACGCAACGCUUUCCUACAUUGCAAUUGUUCUUCGCAUCUGUUUCUCCCAUCGCAAUACAUCACAAACUUGCCCACUAUGGUUGCUGCCGUAGGUAUUGACUUGGGCACGACCUACUCGUGCGUCGGUGUCUACCGAGACGACCGCAUCGAGAUCAUCGCCAACGACCAGGGUAACCGAACAACACCUUCAUUCGUUGCCUUCACAGAUACCGAGCGUCUCAUCGGAGAUGCCGCCAAGAACCAGGUCGCCAUGAACCCUGCGAACACAGUCUUCGAUGCCAAGCGUCUGAUUGGUCGCAAGUUCGCCGACCAGGAAGUCCAGGCCGAUAUGAAGCACUUCCCCUUCAAGAUCAUCGACAAGGGUGGAAAGCCUAUCGUCGAGGUCGAAUACAAGGGCGAGACCAAGACAUUCACACCCGAGGAGAUCUCCUCCAUGGUCCUCACCAAGAUGCGUGAGACCGCCGAGGCUUACCUUGGUGGCACCGUCAACAACGCUGUCAUCACCGUCCCCGCCUACUUCAACGACGCCCAGCGUCAAGCUACCAAGGACGCCGGUCUCAUUGCCGGCCUCAACGUCCUCCGAAUCAUUAACGAGCCCACAGCCGCCGCCAUCGCUUACGGUCUUGACAAGAAGGUCGAGGGCGAGCGCAACGUUCUGAUCUUCGACCUCGGUGGUGGUACCUUCGAUGUUUCUCUCCUUACCAUCGAGGAGGGUAUCUUCGAGGUCAAGUCUACUGCCGGUGACACUCACUUGGGUGGUGAGGACUUCGACAACCGCCUCGUAAACCACUUUGUUACUGAGUUCAAAAGAAAGCAUAAGAAGGAUCUCUCCUCCAACGCUCGUGCUCUCCGACGUCUGCGCACUGCUUGCGAGCGCGCCAAGCGUACUCUGUCUUCGUCUGCCCAGACUUCCAUUGAGAUUGAUUCGCUCUACGAGGGUAUUGACUUCUACACGUCUAUUACACGUGCUCGAUUCGAGGAGCUCUGCCAGGACCUCUUCCGAUCCACCAUCCAGCCCGUUGACCGUGUCUUGGCCGACGCCAAGAUCGACAAGUCUCAGGUCCACGAGAUCGUCCUCGUUGGUGGCUCCACUCGUAUUCCCCGAGUCCAGAAGCUCAUCACCGACUACUUCAAUGGUAAGGAGCCCAACAAGUCCAUCAACCCCGAUGAGGCCGUUGCCUACGGUGCUGCCGUCCAGGCCGCUAUCCUGUCUGGUGACACCAGCUCCAAGUCUACCAACGAGAUCUUGCUUCUCGAUGUUGCUGCCCUGUCUCUCGGUAUCGAGACUGCUGGUGGUAUGAUGACCAAGCUCAUUCCUCGCAACACCACCAUCCCCACCAAGAAGUCCGAGGUCUUCUCCACCUUCUCCGACAACCAGCCUGGUGUGCUUAUCCAGGUCUACGAGGGUGAGCGUCAACGCACUAAGGACAACAACCUUCUCGGCAAGUUCGAGCUUACUGGCAUCCCUCCUGCCCCUCGUGGUGUUCCUCAGAUUGAGGUCACUUUCGAUCUCGAUGCCAACGGAAUUAUGAACGUCUCCGCCGUCGAGAAGGGUACCGGCAAGUCCAACAAGAUCACCAUUACCAACGACAAGGGCCGCUUGUCUAAGGAGGAGAUCGAGCGCAUGUUGGCUGAAGCUGAGAAGUACAAGGAGGAAGAUGAGGCUGAGGGUCGCCGUAUCAGUGCCAAGAACGGCCUUGAGUCUUACGCCUACUCUCUUCGCAACACCCUCGGCGACUCCAAGGUUGACGAGAAACUCGAUGCUGCCGACAAGGAGAAGCUCAAGACCGAGAUCGACACCGUCGUCUCAUGGUUGGACGAGAACCAGCAAGCCACUCGCGAAGAAUACGAGGAAAGACAAAAAGAUCUUGAACAGGUCGCCAACCCUAUCAUGAUGAAGUUCUACGGUGGUGCUGGCGGUGCCGGUGGUAUGCCUGGUGGUAUGCCCGGUGGAGGUCCCGGCGGCUUCCCUGGCGCUGGUGGGGCACCCGGCUCUGGUGGUGAUGACGGCCCCACUGUUGAGGAGGUUGACUAAAUUCGUUCACACUCUUCCGAUUACAUGAUUUGAUUUUUCUACGGCGUUAUUUGGUGUCUACGGCAUCAUGAAUGGCGGAAUGGGUAAUGCGGUUCUUCUAUCUAGAUUUUCCUGCGGUAAUGAUACAGGACGAAAAGUUGUGAUUUCACGACUCUCCAUGGAUGUACCUUAGUAUCGAUUCAUCCCUGAUGAAGUAAAUGAAGAAAUAAUUUCAUAUAA